GCCAUUAACUCUCUGAACCGAGAAAAUUAUACGGUCUUCUGUCCAAUAGUUCUUCCUCCUCCUCCACCUCCAUCUCAAUUUGCAGUACGUUUUGACCUAAAAUCACCAUAACUCUAUCUCGAAGCUCUUCGAAUUUGAAGCUCGAUUUUUUUGAAAAUGGAGUUUCUACAUACUCACAGGGCUGAGAUGAUAAGCAUGGCAGUGGCUCUUGUGGCUAUUAUGGGCGGUACCGCUUACUAUUACUACGUCACCAAAAAGCCUAAAGGUUGUUUGGACCCCGAGAACUUCAAGGAAUUUAAACUUGUUCAACGCACACAACUCAGCCAUAAUGUGGCCAAGUUUCGAUUUAGUCUUCCAACAGCUACCUCAGUGUUAGGACUUCCCAUAGGACAACAUAUAAGCUGCAGAGGGAAAGACAGUCUUGAUGAUGAAGUUGUCAAACCAUAUACACCAACAACAUUGGAUACUGAUGUUGGAUACUUUGAUUUAGUUAUAAAGAUGUAUCCACAAGGAAGGAUGUCUCACCAUUUCCGAGAGAUGCAUGUCGGUGAUUAUUUGGACGUGAAGGGACCUAAGGGACGCUUUAAGUACCAACCCAAUGAAGUUAGAGCUUUUGGCAUGAUUGCUGGCGGCACUGGCAUCACGCCAAUGUUUCAGGUCACGAGAGCCAUACUGGAAAAUCCACAAGACAAAACUAACAUUCAUUUGAUCUAUGCCAAUGUUACUUACGAUGACAUUCUCUUAAAGGAAGAGCUGGAUGAAUUUGCACUCAAGUUCUCUAGUCAAUUCAGGGUUUAUUAUGUUCUAAAUCAGCCACCAGAAGGAUGGGAUGGCGGUGUCGGAUUUGUAUCCAAGGAAAUUAUCCAAGCACAUUGCCCUGCACCAGCUCCUGAUAUCAAGGUAUUAAGGUGUGGACCCCCUCCUAUGAACAAGGCCAUGGCCACUCAUCUAGAAGCGCUUGGAUACAGUUCCCAGAUGCAAUUUCAAUUUUAGUUCUUUUUUCUUUUGUUUUCCCUAUAGCUCUCUUACUAGCUAGCCUGUAUGAGGGGGAAAAAAUUAGUUCUUGUUUUUACCCUUUUUUUUUAUUUUUAACAAAAUACGUAACUCAUUUUAAUAGGUGCCUUUUCCAUCUUAAUGCUUCCGGAUGUGACCGAAUAGAUAACUGCUUAUUGUAACUCUGGAGAUUAUAAGGUUUAUAUUUUUUGUUGAACUGAA